CGUGCUACAAGGCUUGCCCUUCGGAGGGGUUCCCACUGUCCUCGCUCUGGACUUUAUGUGCUUCCUGGUUCUUCUUUUUGUCUUCUCCAUCUUGCGGAAAGUGGCAUGGGAUUACGGCCGCCUGGCCCUGGUGACCGAUGCUGACAGACAGAAGAGAAGAUUCAGCGGUCUGGAGGAGCGGGAGUAUGUCUUCUGCUCUUCAUUCUGAAACACCGGACCGAUAUGAACGUCUCACCUCCGUCUCCAGCUCGGUGGAUUUCGAACAGCGAGAUAAUGGCUUCUGCUCCUGGUUGACGGCUAUAUUCAGAAUAAAGGACGAGGAGAUCCGGGAGAAGUGUGGUGAAGAUGCCGUUCAUUACCUGUCCUUCCAGAGGCACAUCAUCGGUCUGCUGGUUGUGGUGGGAGUGCUGUCGGUGGGCAUCGUUCUCCCGGUCAACUUCUCAGGCAACCUGCUGGACAACAACGCAUACAGCUUUGGCCGUGUGAUCGCCAACUUGAAUUCUGGAAAUAAUCUUUUAUGGCUUCACACGUCAUUUGCCUUCAUGUACCUGCUCCUCACCGUCUAUAGCAUGAGACGCCACACGUCCAAGAUGCACUACAAAGAAGAUGAUCUGGUCAAACGCACUUUAUUCAUCAACGGCAUCUCCAAAUAUGCAGAAGAAAGCCAUAUAAAACAGCACUUUGAACAGGCGUAUGAGAACUGUGUGGUGCUGGAAGCGCGUGUUUGUUAUAACGUGGCCAAGCUGAUGUCCCUCAACGCUGAGAGGAAGAAGACUGAACGCAGUAAGAAGUUUUUCACGGAUCUGAUGGCUAAGGAGCACAUGCCGGCUAUGAUCAACCCCAAGCCCUGCGGACAUCUGUGCUGCUGCGCCAUUACAGGCUGUGAAGAGGAGGAGGCUGUGAGUUAUUACACCAAACUGGAGUCCAAACUGAAGGAGGAGUACAGGAAGGAGAAGGAGAAAGUCAACACCAAACCACUGGGCAUGGCCUUCGUCACCUUCCAGAACGAGGCCAUGACGGCAAUCAUCCUGAAGGACUUUAACGCGUGUCAGUGUCAGGGCUGUAAGUGUCGUCUGGAGCCGCGCUCUUCUCAGUUCAGUGACGGUCUUCAUGUGUACGAGUGGAGCGUCAGCUACGCACCGGACCCCCAAAACGUUCGCUGGGAGAACCUGUCUUUGGGAGGGAUUUCCUGGUGGCUUCGCUGCUUCAUCAUUAACUGCAUCCUCUUCAUCCUCCUCUUCUUCCUCACCACCCCGGCCAUCAUCAUCUCCACGAUGGACAAGUUCAACGUCACCAAGCCUGUGGAGUAUCUGAACAACCCGAUCAUCACCCAGUUCUUCCCGACGCUGCUGCUGUGGGCCUUCUCGGCUCUGCUGCCCACCAUCGUCUACUACUCCGCCUUCUUCGAAGCCCACUGGACCAGGUCUGGGGAGAACAGGACCACCAUGCACAAGUGCUACACCUUCCUGAUCUUCAUGGUCCUCUUGCUGCCGUCUCUGGGUCUCAGCAGUUUGGACGUUUUCUUCCGCUGGCUGUUUGACAAAAAAUUCCUGGCCGAAGCCACCGUCAGAUUUGAGUGCGUCUUCCUCCCUGAUAACGGAGCAUUUUUUGUGAAUUACGUCAUUGCGUCUGCGUUUAUCGGAAACGCCAUGGAUCUGCUGAGGAUUCCCGGCCUGCUCAUGUACAUGAUCCGACUGUGUUUGGCUCGCUCGGCCGCGGAAAGACGCAACGUCAAACGGCAUCAAGCCUACGAGUUUCAGUGAGCUGCCUACGCCUGGAUGAUGUGCGUUUUCACCGUUGUCAUGACGUACAGCAUCACCUGCCCAAUCAUCGUCCCCUUCGGACUGAUGUACAUGCUCCUGAAGCACCUGGUGGACCGCUACAACAUGUACUACGCUUACCUGCCCUCCAAACUGGACAAGAAGAUCCACUCGGGAGCCGUCAAUCAGGUGGUGGCCGCACCGAUCCUCUGCCUCUUCUGGCUGCUGUUCUUCUCCACCGUCAGGACAGGGUUUUUGACCCCGACGUCCAUGUUUACCUUCGUGGUGCUCAUCAUCACCAUCGUGGUCUGUCUGUCGCACGUGUGCUUCGGUCACUUCAAGUACCUCAGCGCGCACAACUACAAGAUCGACACCAAGGACACCGAGGCCGACGGAGUGGAGAACGGACGGCCUGCCAGAUCCUCACCCUCCAACAAAUCCCAGCAGAUGUACAUCGCCCAGGUCCUGCAGGACCCAAACUCUGACGAGACCGGAGCGGGCAGCGGAGAGGACGACGGCCAGGGGUCCUCGCAGGACGAGGAGAUGAUCAACGCCGGGAACAGCCUGAACGAGGCCGACUUCCAGUCCGGGGACAGCCUCAUCGCCAACGAGGUGCACCAGUAACGACCAGAGACCCGGCUCCGAACAUCAGCACCUUAGAAACCCACGUCUGCCAAAACACUCAGACUGUACAUAAGCACACGCUCGCAAAAAAAAAAACAAAAAAACACACAUGCAUGAAAC